AUGGUCGGAAUUCGAGCGAUCCCAGAAACGCAUCGCUUCUGUGUUGAGUGUCAAUUUAAUUACCACGUCGAUGCAACUUUCUUCUGUCCAACUUGCGACAAAAUUGUUUGUGGAGCAUGUGCUUAUCGCCGCCAUAAGAAGCAUCGAUGCGAGGAUCUCACCUCGAAGGAGAUGGAAACCUCGUGCCGUGUGGAGUGCCAAGCGACCCGGCACAGCUUCAACGACUACAACAAAGUGCAUCGGGGAAUUCAGGAGAAUCUCACGCAUUUGGUUGAGAAAAUCGAAGAGUUUCUUCUCGAGAAGAUCGACAAUGUGCGUAUGAUGGAGAAAUUUGACGAGGGAAUGAGAGAGAAUGUCGCUUGCUCAGACUAUCGACAAUUCUUCAAGCGAACCUCGAAAGAGUAUCUCCAACAUGCGCGCAACUUUGAAAACAAAAUGCAUACAUUCUUCAAGAAACUCGAGGGUGAACAAUUGCAGAGAGGUCCUGUUGAUGAUGAGACACCAAACGAUGAGGAAGAAGAAGUGGCCAAUACUCAGGAUGAU